GGGUGGGGGUGACGAGAAUGGGAACCGCAGAGGAAUAUUAAUGAGGAAAAUCACCAGUACAAAAUUAAAAAUAGUGAAAAAUAGAUGCAGCAAUAUCCAGAGAAUCGUGAAGAGACAGUAAACAACCAACAAGUAAACAGAUAUAAAAUUAUAAAUACACAUGCACUUGUUUUUUACUUUUAUGUAUUUUUUGCUUCAGGAUAUAUCCCUGACCUAGUUAUGAAUACCAUGGACAGUUUAUUAUUUCAAGACAAUGAUUGUAUCCAGAGAAUAAUAGAAAUUGAUUGGGAGGUCAAACUGAUGAUAAAAUUGAAAGCUCCCCGUCGCUAAAGUACUUAAUUAAAGGUAUCCUCCUUUGCAGUUGAUGAUACAGAUUUUUUUGUGAGGGGCAUAGACCCCUAAGAUUAUGUUGAAUGGGAGGAAAGUGUUUGUGAUUUGAAGAGUACCGUAUUUAAUUCAGCUCCUUGAAAGUCUGGUGUUCAUUGAAAUGAAGAAAAAAAAACACCCAGCAUUGGCUGUGGUUGAGACUAGCAGUUCUAUUCAUUCUCUGGCAGUGCUAUUGUACUGCUGCAGAAGUUUGCAGCCAUUUAUGUAUGCUUCAAUAGUGAAACACUAAAGCCCACGCUGGCUCAGUGCUGUAUUACCAGUCUUGCGCUCAGGGUAUUUACUGACGGGAGGCCCUGCAAAGGGGGGAAAGAGAUUACCGUACAUCUGCGAUUGAGAGCGAGCGAGUCUAUAGCAGUGCUGGAACAGAACAGGUUGGGUCACGUCAAUAACAUAACAUAGUCUAGGCUGACUAGCGGUGCGUUGGGAAACCUACUACACUCUACAGACAGUGCGCAUUGUAUGCAGCGCUUCAUACGCUCGCUCGCUAUAAACCAGGAAGGUCUAUUUAUGUCAACCCCCAAGGCUACAUGUAAAAACACGGCCGAUCGCUAACUACAUGUAUGAUUACGACCUGAGACGAUAGUCAGUCGAGAGGAUAGCGUUCAGUAUUCUGCCAGUGGAAAAAUAUAAGAGACACAACUUCCUGUGCUGUAGAAAAUAGUACACAGUGGAUGUACUAGAAGGAAUGUAGGUUGAAUUGCCCUAGUUCUAUCAGAAUCUCUGCAUAACUAAUGAACGUCUGCUAUGCAAGUCUGAACGAUGAGAGAAGCCAUGCAGCCCGACUUAGGGAUAUAACGAGCUUAUUUCUGAAGCGCGUGCCAGCAGAGAAGUACAACGGCCAGAGUGAUGAUGAGAUACUUCUUCAUGUGUUCAAGGAUGCCGUUUCAUUUACGUUUAAAGAUAACAGCCAGAACAGAGUACUUGAAUCGUCUUCAAGUCAAAGUUACGAGAGUACGCCAAAUUUGAACGGGUCUACUACCACGCAGGUGCAGGAUUCAAAGCCCACCAAUCAAGGAAUUCCAAACAUAUUCGACAUAAAGGAAAGUCCUUCAAAGGUUACAAACAAGCAAGAGUGUAUUCAGGAUCAAGUAGUUGGCCCGGCUCAAAGUCAGGUCAAGACACAAUCCGUGUUCAACUCUGAGGAAGCUCAGCACAGCGUAUCAGGACAAAGCAAGAAUCAAGACCAGGUCAAGGUUGACAAACCGAGGUCACCGUCAUCCCCAGUGGGAGGGAUCGGACAAGCCUCUCAGAACACAGUCUCACACACGCAGAGAGAUACAAUCAAUGAGACUGCCUGUGAACAACAAAAAGCCAAAGAUAUUGAUCAAGCCAAAGGAGGAGAAGGAGGAGAGAGAAAGGAGAACCAAGAGCAGUAUCGUCAUCAGGAGCGUGGAGGCUCGCAGGCAGAGUCCACCAACCCGCUAUCUGAUAGCAUCUUUAAUCACAAUUCGCCAGCAAUAAAUAUGAGUCAGUGGAGUGAAAACCAGAAGGGAGCGUGGCCUAAUGGACCCGUCACCUCUAGCGGCUGGACUCCAAUGGAUCCAAGCCAUGGCCAGCCGUCUGCCAUGAGCCAAGACAAUGGAAAAGGUAACAGCUCACCAGGAACGGGUGUAAUAGGCUCCAUUUGGGGGUCAGGUAGCGCCAGUGGAUCCACCCCUACAUCCAGCGGCUGGGGCAGUAUCCCAGCCAGCACAUCGUCGUCCUCGCCGUUCCAAAACAGUCUCUUUCAGAACCCCACCAGCAAUGGGCACAGUGGUGGUUCAUCAGUGUGGGGCACCCCCACCACCCCGCAGCCAGGCGGUAAGGGGGCCCUGCCAUUCGGGGGCACCAAUCCUGUGUCAGCACCGUCUACUACCUCAGCAAGCAACCCAUCUACAUCCCAGAGCUCGGGCUGGGACACCAGUGCCAAUCAGAACGGGAUCGAGCCCCAGCCGGCUUCGACUCCCACGAGUGCAGAGAGCAACCCGGCUGUGCCCACUUCGCAGAGCAGCGGUGGCGCCCCCAGUAAUGGAAAUGGAAACGGCGGCGGCGGUGGUCCCAGUGAAGGCGGACCAGCUGGCAAUGGAAAAGAGCCCCAGCAACAAAUUCCGACUUCAUCCGCAGUCAAUACCAGUAAUGCCCAAGGCUCCUCUUGGGGAUCUAGUAAUCCACCAGGUCCAGCAACUCUGACAGGAACAUCAUCAUGGGGAGCUCCACCAUCUCAGGCUCCAGGUGGAUGGGGUGCAGACCCUUCAGGACAACCGGGUGGACAUGAUAACAAGCCAUGGGGCGGCGGAAACAGCAUGCCAGCCACAAGUUCCAGGGGAUGGGGUGGUAGCAAUAUGCCCAAUGAAGCUACCGGCACUGGAGGAUGGGGAAAGCCUCCUGCUACCGAAGCUCCAGGUGGAUGGGGAAAUAGACCUCCGACUACUCCAACCAGUGGACCACCACCAGGACCACCACCCCCAGGACCACCUGCAGGAUGGAACAAAGAGGGAAACAAAGACAACAGCCAACAAGCAGCUCCAGGGUGGAACAACCGCCCAAGUGGCCCAGGUGGAUGGGGCAACCAGCCCACACAACCUCCCCCUGGACCUCCUGGACCCGGAGGAAUGAAGAAAGACCAACCAGACAAUGGACAGUCUGGCUGGGGCAAGCCAGCAGGAAAUGCCCCUUGGGCUCAGACAGCCAGCAAGGGUACCACUGACCACAGGGGAAUGAAUCCUGGAGAAACAACUCCUGUAGAUCAGGCUUCGAUUGUAGCACUAGUGAAGACACCAUGGGGAAAGAGGCCAGUCAACCAGGAAGCAAAGUGGGACAAAACAGCCCCUCCACAACCAAUGUCAAACCAAGUUGGUACAACAGGCUGGGGAUCCCAACCACCAACAUCAGACCGACAGUGGGAGAAGGCUGAGCAGCCCAAACAGUCUGCAUGGGGCAAACCACACGCUCCACAAACACCAUCGGAAUCCUCUUGGGGGAGUCAGCCGCCCACAUCCGGACCACCACCAAGCUCUCAGUCUUCAGGCUGGGGACCACCUAAAGAGAGAAACGAUGGCCAGGAUCCUGGUUGGGGUCAACCACCUACUACCAGUGCUCCUUCUGGAAUGCCAGGGGGGCCAGGGCCACUUGGACCCCCGCCAGGGAGCCAAGCCUUGGGACCUCCUGGUCAGCCUGGAUCUCACGGACCCCCUGGCCAGCCUGGAUCUCACGGUCCCCCUGGCCAACCCGGUUCUCACGGACCCCCUGGCCAGCCUGGAUCUCACGGACCCCCUGGCCAGCCUGGAUCCCAUGGUCCCCCUGGCCAGCCUGGAUCUCACGGACCCCCUGGCCAGCCUGGAUCCCAUGGACCCCCUGGUCAGCCUGGAUCCCACGGACCCCCUGGCCAGCCUGGAUCUCACGGACCUCCUGGCCAGCCUGGAUCCCACGGACCCCCUGGCCAGCCUGGAUCUCAUGGACCCCCUUCUGCUCCUAGUUUUAACACUGAGAGAUCUAGUCCUCCACAGAAAGACGCCAUGGAGACAGGCAGCAAUGCCUCAAGCACUACGCCACAGCCAUCGGUCGAUGAACCUGGACCACCACCUAAGAAGAUAGUUGCCACUGGUUGGGGAGAAGCGAUCAUGAUGGAGCGCCAGCAGGGCCAGGGGACUUCUGACAAUGGAACCAGCCAUUGGGGCGACCCCGGCGACCACAACAAACGCCUCACUCGCCGACAAGCCGGUGGGCACAUGCCGCACAUGGGUGGCAACCCCCAGAACAGUACUAUGCAAGGUCCACCCCCCUCGGGCCCACAAGGUGACGCCGCCAUGCCUCCUUCCUCCAUGAUGCCCAAUGCUCCGCCAUCACAGUUCAAACCCGACAACCAGUGGGAUGACAACAAGAGCAAGCAGGGCAGUUGGGGAGAUUACCCUAACCACCGAUCCAACAACAACAACAGCGGUGGAAGCAUGUGGAACCAACCAGGGAACCAACCAGGGAGCAACAAAUGGGAUCAGUCUUCCACGCCUUCAUGGGGCCCGUCCAGCAGUACUAACGUCAGUACUCAGAAUAAGGAUUCUAUGCAACAAAACUGGCACGAUGAUAAUAGUACUGCCUCCAUUGGUCACUGGGGAGAUGAAGAAUGGGAGAAUCGUUCUCAGAGCAACGAAUCAUCCAUGUCAGGCUGGAGAGGUGGCCCGAAGAAACCCAGGCCCCCAGGACAGCGUGAAUCCAACCACUACAUCAGCAAGUUGAAACGACUGAUGGACUAUGGCUACCCCAAGGAAGUGGCCGAGGUUGCAUUGCGCAAACACAACUUUCAUUUCGAAACUGCUCUGACUGAGCUUCGUCAGAUUUCAGACAUGAUGGAUCAGAGCAAGAUGCCGCCAGGGGAUGCAGAUGAUCCUGUCCGACAGAUGGCCCGUACCAUGAACAACAUGGGUAUUGGUGACAGUCCAAUGUCAACUGGCAGCGACCUGACCAAUGCUAACAUGCUGCUCAACAACAGCAUGCCUGGAUCUCUUCCCCUUGGAGGGAAGCCAAGCAACAUGAUGGGCACACCAGGGUUCAUGCCGUCAGGUAGCGUGGGACAGAGGUUCUCCAGUCAGCAACAGAACCUGCCGAUGGGUCAACAGCCAGGUGGUCUCAACCAACAACCCCCGAGAGGACCCUUCAACAAUCAGCAGCAGAUGAUGCAACAACAGCAACAUCAGCAGCUGUUCCAGGUCCUGCUCCAGCUGGCUGUACAGAGUGGCAUUGUCAACCAGAGCCUUCUUCAGCAGCAGGUUACACCAACACAGAUCAUGAGCAUCGUUCAGCGCUACCCACAGCUUUUGGCCCAAGCCCAAGCUCAGCAGGGUAACCUUCCUCCAGUUGGCGGGGCAAACAGUGUCGGGAAAGGCAUGAGUUCUGCACCUAACCGUUCCCAGCAGGAGUUGAUGGCACGCUUUGUUCAGCAGCAGUUGCUGCAAGGACAGCGGCCUCCAGUGUCUCGUCAGCCAUUCCCAACUCGCCCCAAGGUGCGAAGCGAUUCUGAGAUGUAUUCCAACACCACCACCUCCUCAGAUCUCCUGGGAAAUAUCAGCACCAUGAAUCCUGACAUCAAUAUGCGUGAGCCACUCCAGCAGUCCCGCCUUCAGCAUUUGUUCGGCAAGCCUGGAGCAAAGAACUUCCCGCGGUCUAACAGGUCAGAGUCUGUCCCUGGCCUCCCUGACAACAACCGCAGAGGUUCCAACUGGUCUCGCAGCAACUCACCAACCCCGUCGGAUAGUUUGCCCAAUAGUGCUGACUCUGCCUUCUCCGAUGGAACUGGAUGGAACUUUCCUCAGCCUGACAACAUCAGCUCAAUCAAUGACGAUGUCCCAGAGUUCAUCCCAGGCGUUCCUUGGAACCCACAACCAAGCCUUGAUGUUUCCAAUGACCCAUCAGCUACUCCAGGAAUGUACGCCCCUUCCAAGCCCUCUGGACGGGACAUUCAGCAGAAGGAUGACAUAUCUGGUAUCCUGACCCGCCCCAUGAAACCCCAGGCCCCAUGGUCGUCCAACCAGCCUGGAGGAGGACGCAAGCCCAGCUGGAACUACGAGGGCGGUAGCGGCCAAAACUUUGGCGGAAGUGGAGGAGGGAAUGCAGGUUCUCGCUCCAACCAGCUGUGGAAUAGUGCCCCAGGAAACCAGCCACGUGCUACCAGACCACCUCCAGGACUGGGUGAGCAUCCUCAUAGUAAUUCCUGGAGAGGAAGUUGGGAUGCUCCCUCUGGUAAGAACCCACUAAUGCAGGGGCAUGCAGUAAUGCACAGAUCAUCCUGGUCUUCUGGAAAUGGUAUGUCUGGCGGAAACUCAAUCCUCAUCUCUGGCGUCACAUCUGAUGUGAAUGUGACUGCCCUGAGGAACAUCUGUGGACAGCAGGGCCAGGUGGAUCAGUUCCAGGAGAACCGUGCCCAGGGUUCCGUCAUGGUGGCCUACCGCUUCCCCGACGAUGCGGCCAAGGCCCUCGCCAUCAUCUCCUCCGCCUUCCCCAACAUCAUCGCAGAGCUGGUCUCCCCCAGCGAUGCAUUCUCCACCCCUGCCUCCUCCUCCUCCUCCGGCUGGCCCCAGGGAGGAGGCAGCAGCGGCGGGAGCAAGUUUGGUAACAGCGUUCUCCCCAGCACCUCCAGUGCCUCUGGCGCCGGCAAGGACGAUAGCGGCGGCAGCAAACAAAACUGGAGCGCCGGACUCCCAGGCAUGCCAGGAAGCCAGCUGUGGUCUCCAGGCCCCGGUGGAUCCAUGGGCUGGAGCCCCAUGGACGGAGACUCCUCUAGUGCCUCCAACUUCAGCUUCUUGCCUGGAGACCUCCUUGGAGAAGGCACCAACUAAGAUGAAGACGUGAUCAUCGCCAAUACCCUUUAUGGUGCUACGAAAAAGAAAAAAGAAAAAAAGAAAAAGCCACUCAAUACCACUUGAUUAUUAUACCAUGUAUAUGUAUAUCUUUGUGUAUAUCUCAAGCACUUGACAAUUCAGCCAUGAUGUAUGUAUCAAUAUUAAUCUAUGUAUCAUCUUACAUACAAAGGCAUGUGUAUUGUCGUCACCAUCCAUCCGUUGCAUGCAUAAGUAACUUAUGCAAUUUUAUCUUAAUGUACUUUGUAAGUAAAUUGUGCUCGGGACACUACUGUAGUCAGUGAAAUACCUUGUUUUUCAUAUGAAUAACUUUGUACUUGUGUCAAUAGACAGUUCUCUUGUAUUGCUUUGGUUGAAUAUCAACCAGGCUAACUAUUCAUCGAUGUCCUUGGAAAGUUUUCUCUCCUUUUUUUCUUCUCCAAAAAACUGCUAACAAGACUUCCAGAAUGACAGAUGUGUGCAUUCGGUGGUGGGGUUUUGGAUCAAAACUUUAUACUGAUUCAACAGCAACUUUUAGCUGCCAAAGAAAUUAAAGUAAGAUUUGACAAUAAUAAUGUAUAUAUUUAUAUUUUUCCCUGUUGUUGAUGAACUGUUUUUUUUUGUGAGGAGUGUUUUUUCGCUGUGCGAAACUUAGCCAAGCUCGUGGCUGUCACUUUUUUUGAGAGACAUCCCCAAAGUCAGAACUACCUGGAAGCCAUAAUCGCAGCUCAUUGACAGAUUGAUCUUGCGUACGACAGUACAUGUGCAAUGAAAUAAAUGUGAUUCGUUAAAAGAUGUAUGGAGACACUUUCUCUCUCUCAGAUGGAACAGCCUACUACAAGGAGUCUACAAGCACUAGUUUGAAGAAACAAUGAUUAUGGAUUGUUAUGGUUCAAAGCAAAGCAAAGCACAAGACAAUGAACAAAGUCGAGCCAAGUAUACAGGGCAUGCACAUACACUAUAAACAAUUGCUACGCAUCCAUAUCUGUGUGCUCCAGUGCGAUAAUAGCUGAACUAGCUGAAAUGUGACUCACGGAUUAAGAAAGGAAAGACGGUGCCCUACAAAUGAAACAUGAAAACUUUUGUGCUAUUUGCAGAGAUACAAGAAGAGGGUCCUUGGCUCCGUACGGAAAGAAAAGCAUGAUGACACACGGCUGUGCAGAGUGAUAAAAAGACAUCUAACCAGGAAAGAAAGUACUCCAACUUGUCUUUGCGACAAGCGAUGCAGAUGAAAAGGAUUGUUGGAUGUGAUGCGGAACGCAAACAUGUUCUUGUGACUUAACAUAAAGGCGGAUGGUGCAACCUACACUGUAUUCCAAAGCAUUUUUCUUUUAAUGUAUAUUCUGUGUAUCGAUGACUGAUGCAACUGUAUGUGUCGUUUUAUGAAGAAGUAAUAAAUAGAGCAGCGUACGUCAGCAUGUCACAUAAAAAACGAACUUGGCUCAUCCAAGAGACGACAUGGUCGCAAAGUCUUCACUACCAAUGCGAUUCUUAAGUGCAAUUUUUAAUUUGGUUUUCCUUGUGCAUAACAAUGGGGCUUUGUCGCGUAGCCACGCCAAGGCAAACUAGCGUGUGGAUGGAUGGCAUUAACGGAAGAAAACAAAACUAAAACAACCGAUAAGUUCAGUCUGCUUCGAAUUCCAGGGAUGCUCCGCCUUUGACGCGGGACUGGAGACAUGGAACCUGGCGAGUAUUUUGUAUGGGAUGGAGACUAUUACGGAGUACAUUUAUGGUGUAAUAGAGUCGUGGCUGAACUGUUAACUGAAAUUGAUCUCCACCACCAGCUGUCAACUUAAUGAGAAACUGAGUUGUCUUUCACUCGGAUUAACAGUGUAAAGUGUCAUUUUGUCUAUUUUUGAAUACUGCACUUUGUUUUCUGGUCUCACGAGGCAUUUUUCCGCACGAUUAAGAGAGAGAAAAGUAUACGUAGGAUUAUUUACGAAAGUUUUUUCCUGUAGAGGAGAGCAUUAAAGAGACUUUGUUUGGUGGAUAAGUAAUAAGAUAACCAUGGUACUCGUUCAUGAUUGCAUUAUUAUUCUGUAGCUUUAUAACUGUUGUCGUCCGUAGCUGUCACUGUGUUUCAUUAGCAUUUUACAAUGUCCAAUUGCAAAGCUGCAAAUAUUUGGGAACAGUAUUUGACAGUGCCUACCAAUUCAGUCACUCCAUUCUGUGAAAUUCAAGAGGUAUAAUGUUCAAAACAAAAACGUUGAAAAAAGUACAAAAAUUUGAAAAUUUUAGAACACUAUUAUGCAAGUAAGGUAUAUGUGAGUUUCAUUUUGUUAAGUCAGCCCUUAUUUUGACUAUUGAUGUGUAAUGGCCAUAACAUUGCAUUGUAUUGAUGAUCAAAUCUUAAUUCAUUGUUUGUACACUACUUUUAUAAAAUUUUGCAUAGGAGAUCAUUCUGAUACGUACAUUUAUAAAUAUGUAUUUGGCUAUAAAUAUAGAAAUAUAUAUAUUUCAUGUUAUAUAUGUAUGUUGAUUGUAUAUCCAUACAAGACAUUUUGUUUUGUCAGCACUGAUAUAUUUGUACCUUCGAAAUGCUUUUUUUAUUUAAAUGAUUUGCAAACGUUAGGAGAAAGAAUGAUGGUGAUGUUGAAGGAAAAAAAAGAAAUAACUUCUGAAAUGAUGAGAAGAGUAGGUUUUAGUGUCGGUAGGGAUUGUAUUCAGUUAUUUUCAGUGUUUGUCUUUUAGUUAAGUUAUCCCCUUAUCAGGGAAAGCCACUUAUUCCAAAACCAAGUGCAGCUGAGGUUUAUGUCUAGACUUUAUCUCUUUGUUUUUCUUCUUUCUCCAGAAAAAUAAUUCCCUUGUGCCGGCUAUUUUUUUGUUUUGUUCCUACAUGUGACAUAAAGAACAAAAUAACCCCUAGUUUCAACGUCCUCCACGUAAGAAAUUGAAUGUGUUCAACCAUUACCACUAUGCGAAGAAUAUCACAUUUGUAUUGUAUGACGUACUAGCACUCGACAGCCACUCUUUUGACGUGAAUGAUGAUCAGAUAGUUUUGAAUGCAGUCUUGCAUUACUGUUUUGAUUUUAAAAAGACGAGUCACUAAAAUCUGAAAUUCCGCCGUUUAUAGCUAUCUUGUAAUACUGAAUGUAAUCAGGUUGCUUAGAGUUUG